CACAGCUUCAGGGUUGGUGAUGUGUGCGGUGUGAGAGGGAGCUCUGCUGUUCAGAAACAUUCUGCUGCUUCAGGACACACAGAGCCAUCAUGGAGGAGGCAGACCUUCUGAAAGAGAGGAUCCAAGCCAUCACGGACAAAAGAAGAAUCCAAGAAGACAUCGUCAAGAAGAGGAGACAGAUCGAGGAGGAGAAACUCAAACUCCAGUACAUUAAGAAAAAGUCCCUGAGGGAGCAGUGGCUGAUGGACGGUCUGAGUCAGCAGUCUGAGGAGGAGCAGGAGGCCCUGAGGCUUCAGGCUCAGGAGGAACAGCAGCAGAGCGACCAGCUGCAGAGCAACAUCCUCAGAAUAGAGAAGGAGAUCGAAGCUUUGGAGACGAAGGAGCUGAACAUUUCUGCCAAUGAGGAGGUUCUCCUGAAGCGACUCAAAGAAGUAGAGAGGACACCUGAGGACAUCAUCAAGGACGUCAACGCAGAGUUUCACACAGAUGUGCUGCAUCACGUCCUGUCGCCGGUCCAAGAUGUCCCGCUGUUCGUCUCGCGGGCUAAAGCUAAAACCUCUGCAGUUUGUGAAGCUGAGCGUGAUGAAACAAAAAAAGCAACUUUUGCACUUAAAAUCAGUGUAGAGCACAACAAAAAGACAGGCAAAAGUCAGGUGCUUUCUGCAGAGACGGUGAGCCCAGAAUCCAUUCCAGAGCGAGGGAUGAAGGUCUACGACGAUGGCCGCAAAUAUGUGUAUGCACUGCAGUCUGAGAGAGAUGAAGCAGUCAACAGUGCAACAGAAAUGACGCCAACAGAGGUGGAAGAACUUCUGCAUGAGGCAGCAGAGGAGAAGGUGCACCCUGAGGUGCACUAUCAUCAACCGGUGUACUCUGUACCUUACAUGGGUACCAGACCAUCAACACCAAGGAAUCCAUCUCAAACACUUCUCACAAAAAUAACUCCAGAAGACCAGAAUCUUCCCCAAAAAUAUCAACAAGGUUCUAGUUCAAGUGGCUACAUUUUGGAUGCAAACAGCAAAAUGCUGUGCUUUAAUACUUCAGGACAAUCCAAGAAUGAAAAGACUCGUUCUCCAGGGUCAAACUUUGGUGAUAACAGGAAGACCGAUCCCUCUCCUGUCUCAUUUAUAUUCAGAUCUGAAGGAACGCCUUCACCCAUCCAACCAGUUUACAGGGACUUAGAUCAGUUUAGUCCUUCUUUAACCAGUAAAAAUGCUGAACGUAAACUUGUCAGCACCCUGCCAAAAGAUCCCGAACCAGAAUCUAUUACGAUGAUCUUCAUGGGCUACGAGAACGCUGCGGAUGAAGAGGAAGAUGUUAAAGCCGAGCUGGUUAUGUUAGAUGAUGAUGAGGAGGAGGAGGAUGAAACUGACAGCUGUGGCAGAGUGGAAUAUCUGGCAUUCCACCCAGAGGGAUGCAAUAGCAAAGUCUUCCAACCCAAAGUGGGUCAAGCCAAGGUUUCAAGAGGCAGAGAUGUUGCUGAAGACGCCUGCAGACCAGCCUGGGAAGAGUUAGAGCUUCACAAGCCAACGUUCAUUCACAAGUCAGGAAAACUCAGCUGUCAUCUGCAGAACAGAGGCAGCUGGAGCCUGAAGACACCUGCAGCACCAGUGUGA